CCUCUACUUGCCACCAGCGCCGAUCAUGACAGUGAAAAUAGUAGUAAUGGAAAUAGUCUAGGAAGAAGCUCAACUCGGAAUUUAACUGAGAGGGAUGACAAUAGUGAUAGUUCGUCAUUACCCUUGAUGGAAUAUCAACAACAACCAAAGGCCUUAUUUCUCAACUUUUCAUCUGAUCUUUCUCCUCAGAAAACCAAUCAAAAAAUAAAAAAAGACAAACAGCAAAACGCUUAUCAUGUUAGUGGAGUUAACAUUCUUAAUAGAACCAACAUAGACAGCAAGACAGUGAUUGAAAAAAUGAAAAAACGUCGAGAAAAUCAUAAUCAUGUUGAAAGAAAGAGACGGGAUAAUAUUAAUAACACUAUUUUAGAGUUAUCCCGUAUUGUACCCAAUGCCAGUCAGCAGGGACAGAAACUGAACAAGAGCAAUAUAUUGAAAUUAACUUUGGACUAUAUCAAGGAAUUACAAACAGAUAAUAUGUCUCUGAAAGGCAAAUUCUUAUUGAAUUAUACAUUUCCCGCCGUUGAGGAUGGAAAAAAUGACAUCUAUCGACAUCAUCGCUACCCUCAAUCGGCUCCAUCCUCUCCUACCGAGCAUCUUGUAACGGAGCCUGAUUUUCAACAAUUAGUUCAGAGCGCAUCAGUACCAAGCUCACCUAUGCAUUGUCAUAGUUUGCACCAACCACAGCAUCAACCACAGCAUCAACCACAGUAUCGACUACAGAGUCAGCAGCUCGACGAUAAUAAUAAUAAUAAUAAUAAUAAUAGUAACCAUACGAACAAUAAUAAUAGCAUUUCAUCUUUGUCACCCAAUGUUUCUCCUAUACCUGCCUCACAUCAUUCUUCAAUGGGGGCCGCAUCAACUCCAACUAAUCCAUUACACCAGCCGAAUCACUCUCAGCGUCAUCGACAAGCUAACUUGCGCCCUUUGCUACCCGCCUCUCCUGCUGCUCGCCCACCUUAUCGUUAUUUACCCCCUUUACGAAUGAGUGGAGUAGAGAAAAUGUACAGUGGUGUUUGUAGAUAUUAGUUGGAUCAAAAAUGCACAAAUAUAUUUAUUUUUCUUUUGUGUGUAUUUUUAUAAUAAACUCUGUAACAAAAUAUACA